ACCUACACGUUUAAUUGUCGCAACGCGUCUUGAAGUGCGGCCGCCAUGUUCGUGCACGGGCCCAAGGUGGUCCAGCAGGACUCGGAGUCGGAGGAGGAGGAGAUCGACGAGGAGCGGCCCGGGGACAUGCUCCAGCGGCGACGCGAAGAAUGCGAGCGCAAGGCGCGGCGCGGGGAGAUGGACCCGCGCCUGGAGUUCACCUUCCAGCUGCUCAUCGACGGCACCGGGCUGCCCCGCUCGGAGAUCAUGGACCACGUCUUCGACGGCAACAUGCUGGACGAGAUCAACCAGCUCUUCCUGCCGCACAUGCGCAACAAGCUGCUGUGGUUCUACCAGGAAGUCGAGGACGGCGAAGGCGGCGGCGACGCGAGCAAGCCCGGCGCGGCGCGAGGCCCGGGGGCGCCGGCGCCGGGGAAGCCCCCCGGAACCACCGCCGUGCACGCCAAGAAGAAGCUGUUCCUCACGGACGGCUGGCAGCUGCCGCUCACCGGCAUCUGCAUCUACAUGUUCAGGCUCAACACCGGCAAGCAGCUGCCUGAGGAGGGCUUCCACAAGGACCUGUACUGCGGCGUGCUGGACGCGGAGCGGGUGGGCCUGGUCACCUCCGUGGAGCGCAUCAUGGAGCACGUGUUCAUGGAGGCGCUGGCCCACCCGGCGGCCGACAUCGAGGAGGACGACAGCAACUGCCCCAUGGUGAAGAACCUGCUGCUGCCGGGGCUGCGGUCCUUCUGCAGCGCGCUGCGCGUGUGCGAGGAGGUGUGCGACGAGCCCAACAUCUUCGACGACGAGAAGACGCUGGUGGCCAACGUGCCCAGCAUGGCGGAGGCCCAGGACAUCGCCAGCAGGCCGGAGGACGUGGCCGUCCUGGAGGAGCGCGUCAAGGAGUGGAUCAAGCGCGUGCAGGAGCAAGUCCUGAUGGAGAGCGAGCAGCUGCGACGGGAGAACGACUCCAGCGGGCCGCAGGACGAGCUGGAGUACUGGAAGAAGCGGGGCGCGCAGUUCUCGCAGAUCGUGUCGCAGCUGCAGAGCCCGGAGGUCCAGAUGACGCUGCAGUGCCUGCAGCUGUCCCGCUCCAAGCUGGUCAAGCUGUGGAAGGAGACGGACCGCAAGAUCACCUUCUGCUACAACGAGGCGCGCGACAACGCCAAGUUCAUCCAGGCCAUGGAGAAGUGCUGCCACUCGCUGUACCUGCACGACCCCGUGCGCAUGAAGGAGUCCAUCCUCAGCCUGCUGCAGACCGUGCGGCUCAUCCACAGCGUGUCGCAGUUCUACAACACCUCGGAGCGCACUUCGUCACUCAUGGUCAAGAUCACGAACCAGAUGAUCGAGACGUGCAAGCAGUACGUGACGUGCCGCGGCCAGGAGUCCAUCUGGUCGCAGGACCGCAAGGAGGUCCGCGAGAAGCUGCAGCAGUGCAUCCAGCUGAACCGCACCUACCGCAAGACGUACCAGAUCGUCAAGAGCCAGCCCUUCCUGCCCAACCAGACCUCCUUCAACUUCUCCGAGAACUACGUCUUCGGCAAGUUCGACACGUUCUGCGACCGCCUGGGCAAGAUCAUCUGCAUGUUCGACCUGGUCGACGACUACAACAGCCUCUUCGAGCGGCGGAUGGAAGGGUUGCUGCUCGGUGAAGCCCUGGACGACGCCAUGAAGACAUUCAACGAGGCCAAGGCGGGCGUGACGGGCAAGCAGUACGACUACCUGGACCAGAGGAACUCGGAGUUCGACGACGACUUCCAGCACUUCCUGACCAAGGCCAACGACCUCAAGAGCAACAUCGCCACCAUCAUCGAGCUCAACUUCGCCAGCGUGUGGGAGACGCCGCAGGGCAUCCGCUUCCUCGUCCGCUUCGAGAAGGUGAGCACGAAGAUCCCGCUGGCGCGGAUGGACGAGAAGUACUCACGGGUGCUGCAGUACUGCGAGAAGGAGGUGGAGCACAUCCUGCGCCUGUUCCGCCGCCAGAAGGACGACCCGCCGCUGCCCAGGAACUUCCCUCCGAUUGCCGGCCGCAUCAAGUGGGCGCGCUCGCUCAACAGCCACCUGGAGGAGCUGGUGCAGGGCGUGUCGCAGCACCCCGUGCUCAAGACGCUGCACGCCACGGCGGAGCUGGUGCGCAAGUACAACCACGUGUCCAACACGCUGCACAACUACGAGACCGAGAUGAUCAACGCCUGGCUCAACCACAACGUGUGGGUGACGGACGAGUGCCUGACGCGGCACCUGCUGUCGCUGGAGGCGGACCAGAGCGGCCGCCUCACCGUCAACCUGGACCAGCGCAUCCCGCUGCUGAUCCGUGAGGCCGCCUGCCUGGCCAAGCUGGGCAUCGCCAUGCCCGUCGUCACCAGCGCGCUGCUGUUCAAGCGCAAGUACUUCACGCUGGUCAAGGACUCGCUGCAGUUCCUGGUGCAGCAGUUCCUCCGCACGGUGCAGCGCGUCAAGCUGGAGGUGCGGCCGCUGUUCCUGCCGCAGCUCGUGCGCCUCGUGGCCAUGCUGAACCCCGCGCUGCAGACGCUCACGUGGACGGACACGUCCUGGGAGAGCUUCUGCCAGAGCACGGCCGGCGCCAUCCACAAGUUCGACGUGCUGGUGACGCGCGUGCACGACGUGUACUCCAACCGCAUCCUGCAGGUGCUCACGUCCAUGCAGAAGGUGACACUGCAGGCGCUGCCCGACGCCGACCCCUGGAGCGUCGAGGAGUUCCUGGAGAAGACCGAGGACACGUGCAGGCAGGCCGCCGCGGAACUGCAUCGUAAAAGCUUGAUGGUGGAGGAGGCCGUGGAGGAGGUCCUGGAGCUGGUGCGCAAGGCGGCGCGCGAGUUCCGCACGGACAACGACGAGUUCGAGUUCAUGAUGGAGGAGCCCGCCAACACGGGGCCCAUCAACCCGUCGCCGGCGGCGCUGCAGCAACAGCAGCAGCAGGACUGGAGCGUGGUGUGGCAGUGCUUCGACGAGCCGCACACCCUGCUCGCCAUCAACGGCGGCCUGCCCAAGGGCAUGCAGGACAUGGUGCGCAACGCGGUGGCCGAGAUGCGGCGCUACUACAGCCGCAAGGUGGUGGACGUGCUCAUCCGGGUCACCCGCCAGUCCGUGGACGCCAUGCGGAAGCGGUUCAGCACCGAGAAAGGCAUGACGGUGCGGCCCGUGUUCCUGCUGCACGCCACCCUCAUGAUCCCCAAGGUGACCAUCAAGCCCAGCAUCGAGGACGUGCAGGAGGCGCUGGUGUCGGCGGGGAAGUACAUGACCAACGUGUCCAAGGGCGUGGGCCAGUGGACGGGCGGCAAGGAGAAGCAGCGCACGGGGUGGCGGAGGCUGGCGGCGUGCCAGACCAAGAUCGCGGCUGACGUGGUGUCGCGCCUGGAGCAGGGCGCCGCGGCCGCCGCCGACAAGGACGAGGACCCCAAGGUGCGGCGCCGGCGCCUGUACCGCCUCGCCUCCGAGGAGCGGCCUAAGUUCCCGCAGAUGCCGCGCAACUUCUACUCGCACGUCAUGGAGAACAAGGAGGUCGUCAAGACGCUGUCCCUGCUGUCCACCUGCACGCAAGAGAUCCGCGUGGAGCUCAAGGGCUUCAUCGACCACUGGGCGCCCUACAAGUUCCUGUGGCGGGGCGCGCAGAACCGCAAGGACAUGCUAAAGCUGGGCCUCACCGACCUGGAGGGCAUGCUGCGGCGCCACGGCGAGCUGGAGGCGGACCUCGCCACCGAGCCCGACAUGUACUACUUCAGCUGCCUUGCCAUUUCCACCGAGCGGCUCAAGUUCGGCCUGCUGACCGAGGUCAAGUCGUGCACGUACCGCAUCGGGCAGGUGCUCAAGAAGAAGUACCACCGCGAGAUGGACUACGUGUACGCCGUCAUGAACGAGAUGGAGCGCAAGCUGGAGCGCCAGAUCCGCGACCUGGACGACGUGCGCCUCGUCAUGGAGACCCUCAAGAAGAUCCGCGACCAGGAGGUGGACAUGGAGCUGCGCAUCGACCCCAUCGAGGAGGCCUUCAACGUCAUCACGAGGUACGACCUGCCGGUGGACCGCGAGGACCUGGAGCAGGUGGACAGCCUCCGCUACACGUGGCAGCGGCUGCAGGGUCGCGCGCUCGACGUGACGGUCACGCUGCUCAACAUGCAGCCCGCCUUCCAGGACGACCUGCGCCGCAACCUGGAGCGCUUCCGGCAGGACAACGUGGACUACUGCCACGAGUACCGCACCUCGGGGCCCAUGAUGCCCGGCCUCACGCCCCGCGAGGCCUCGGACCGACUCAUCCUGUUCCAGAACCGCUUCGACGGCAUGUGGCGCAAGCUGCAGGCGUACCAGAGCGGCGAGGAGCUGUUCGGCCUCGCCAUCACGGACUACCCCGAGCUGGCGCAGAUCCGCAAGGAGCUGAACCUGCUGCAGAAGCUGUACAAGCUGUACAACGACGUGAUCGACCGCGUGUCCUCGUACUACGACAUCCCCUGGGGCGAGGUCAACAUCGAGGAGAUCAACAACGAGCUCAUGGAGUUCCAGAACCGGUGCCGGAAGCUGCCCAAGGGGCUCAAGGAGUGGCCCGCCUUCCACGCGCUCAAGCGCACCAUCGACGACUUCAACGACAUGUGCCCGCUCCUGGAGCUCAUGGCCAACAAGGCCAUGAAGCCGCGCCACUGGCAGCGCAUCAUGGAGGUCACCAGCUACACCUUCGAGCUGGAGAACGAGGGCUUCUGCCUCAAGGACAUCCUGGAGGCGCCGCUGCUCAAGUACAAGGAGGACAUCGAGGACAUCUGCAUCUCGGCGAUGAAGGAGAAGGACAUCGAGGCCAAGCUGCGGCAGGUGACCAACGAGUGGUCCGUGCACGAGCUCACCUUCAUGACGUUCAACAACCGCGGCGAGCUGCUGCUGCGGGGUGACACCACGGCCGAGACCAUCGGCCAGCUCGAGGACAGCCUCAUGGUGCUGGGCUCGCUGCUGUCCAACAGAUACAACGCGCCCUUCCGCAAGCAGAUCCAGCAGUGGGUCUUCGACCUGUCCAACACGAACGAGAUCCUGGAGCGGUGGCUGCUGGUGCAGAACAUGUGGGUGUACCUGGAGGCCGUGUUCGUGGGCGGCGACAUCGCCAAGCAGCUGCCCAAGGAGGCCAAGCGCUUCAGCAAGAUCGACAAGUCGUGGCAGAAGAUCAUGCAACGCGCGCACGAGACGCCCGGCGUGGUGUCGUGCUGCGUGGGCGAUGACAUGCUGAAGCAGCUGCUGCCGCACCUGCAGGAGCAGCUCGAGCUGUGCCAGAAGUCGCUGAGCGGCUACCUGGAGAAGAAGCGCAUGAUGUUCCCGCGCUUCUUCUUCGUCUCGGACCCCGCGCUGCUGGAGAUCCUGGGCCAGGCCUCGGACUCGCACACCAUCCAGAACCACCUGUUGUCCAUCUUCGACAACACGCGCUUCGUCAAGUUCCACGACAUCGAGUACAACAAGAUGACGGCCGUCAUCUCGUCCGAGGGCGAGUGCAUCCAGCUGGAGCGCGCCGUGCGCGCCGAGGGCAGCGUGGAGACGUGGCUCACGUGCCUGCUGCAGACCAGCCAGCUGUCCCUGCACUCCAUCAUCCGCCUCGCCUUCACCAUGGUCAACGACCCCAACUUCAACCUGCUGGGCUUCCUGGACAAGAUGCCGGCGCAGGUCGGCAUCCUGGGCAUCCAGAUGAUCUGGACGCGCGAGGCGGAGCUGGCGCUGAUGCAGGCGCGGCAGGACAAGAAGGUCAUGGCGGACACCAACAACCGCUUCCUGGAGCUGCUCAACACCCUCAUCGACCAGACGACGCGUGACCUGACGCGCAUCGAGCGCACCAAGUUCGAGACCCUCAUCACCAUCCACGUGCACCAGAGGGACAUCUUCGACAUCCUGUGCCGCAUGAACGUGCGUCACGCCAACGACUUCGAGUGGCUGAAGCAGUGCCGCUUCUACUUCAAGGAGGACCUCGACAAGACGCUCAUCGCCAUCACGGACGUGACCUUCAGCUACCAGAACGAGUACCUGGGCUGCACGGAGAGGCUCGUCAUUACGCCACUCACCGACAGGUGCUACAUCACGCUGGCGCAGGCGCUGGCCAUGAGCAUGGGCGGCGCGCCGUGCGGCCCGGCCGGCACGGGCAAGACGGAGACGGUCAAGGACAUGGGCAAGACGCUGGCCAAGUACGUGGUGGUGUUCAACUGCUCGGACCAGAUGGACUACCGCGGCCUGGGCCGCAUCUACAAGGGGCUGGCGCAGUCCGGGUCCUGGGGCUGCUUCGACGAGUUCAACCGCAUCGAGCUGCCCGUGCUGUCCGUGGCCGCGCAGCAGGUGGCCGUCGUGCUCGCCUCCAAGAAGGAGAAGAAGAAGUCGUUCGUCUUCACCGACGGCGACCUCAUCGACCUCAACCCCGAGUUCGGCAUCUUCAUCACCAUGAACCCCGGGUACGCGGGGCGCAAGGAGCUGCCCGAGAACCUCAAGAUCCAGUUCCGCACGGUGGCCAUGAUGGUGCCGGACCGGCAGAUCAUCAUCCGCGUCAAGCUGGCGUCGUGCGGCUUCCUGGAGAACAUCACGCUGGCGCGCAAGUUCUACACGCUGUACAAGCUGUGCGAGGAGCAGCUCACCAAGCAGGUGCACUACGACUUCGGGCUGCGCAACAUCCUGUCCGUGCUGCGCACGCUGGGCGCCGCCAAGCGCGUCAACAGCAAGGACACGGAGAGCACCAUCGUGAUGCGCGUGCUGCGCGACAUGAACCUCUCCAAGCUCAUCGACGAGGACGAGCCGCUCUUCAUGUCGCUGGUGGCGGACUUGUUCCCGAACCAGGCGCUGGAGAAGACGGCCUACCAGGACCUGGAGGAGGCCAUCGAGGACCAGGUGAACCAGAUGGGGCUCAUCUACCACCCGCCCUGGGUGCUCAAGCUGAUCCAGCUGUACGAGACGCAGCGCGUGCGCCACGGCAUCAUGACGCUGGGCCCGCCCGGCGCCGGCAAGAGCACCUGCAUCCACACGCUCAUGAGGGCGCUGAGCGCGCUGGGCGAGGCGCACCGCGAGAUGCGCAUGAACCCCAAGGCCAUCACGGCGGCGCAGAUGUUCGGCCGCCUCGACGUCGCCACCAACGACUGGACGGACGGCAUCUUCUCGGCGCUCUGGAGGAAGACGCUCAAGUGCAAGAAGGGCGACCACGUGUGGAUGGUGCUGGACGGUCCGGUGGACAGCAUCUGGAUCGAGAACCUCAACUCGGUGCUGGACGACAACAAGACGCUGACGCUGGCCAACGGCGACCGGCUGUCCAUGGCGCCGACCUGCAAGAUCAUCUUCGAGCCGCACAACAUCGACAACGCCUCCCCCGCCACCGUGUCGCGCAACGGCAUGGUGUACAUGAGCUCCUCGGGGCUGGACUGGAAGCCCGUGGCCGAGGCGUGGCUGCGCAAGCGGAGCACGCGCGAGAACGAGGUGUUCAUGAACCUGUUCCACGUGUCCUUCGAGGAGCUGUACACGUGGGGCACGCAGAACGUGGUGUUCACCAUGAAGGUGCUGCAGUGCAACGUGGUGCUCCAGAUGCUGACCAUCCUGCAGGGGCUGGUGCCGCCGCAGUACGAGGAGACGGAGGAGGGCGCCGCCGAGCCCGAGGAGCAGGCCGAGCUGGAGGAGGACCGCGAGCCGCUGCUGGAGGAGGCCCCCGAGGACGUGGACCGCGACGACCCCAUGCGCCACCUGUCCGCCGAGCACCUCGCGCGACUCUACGUGUUCGCGCUCGCCUGGGGCAUGGGCGCGCUGCUGGAGCUGGCCGACCGCAAGAAGUUCGACCAGUACGUCCGGGACAAGUUCAAGGACCUGGACAUGCCGUACUCGCGCCACCACCAGGACGCCACCGUCUUCGACUACGUCGUCAGCCCGUCAGGCAAGUGGGAGCACUGGAGCACCAUGGUGCCCACCUACUCGUACCCGGAGAUGAGCACGCCCGACUUUGGCAGCAUCAUGGUGCCCAUCGUGGACAACGUGCGCAUCAACUACCUGAUCGGCUGCAUCGCGCGCCAGGAGCGCGCCGUACUGCUCAUCGGCGAGCAGGGCUCCGCCAAGACCGUCAUGAUGAAGAGCUACAUGAAGAGCGCCAACCCCGAGGCCUACCUCAACCGCAGCUUCAACUUCUCGUCCGCCACCAGUCCCUACCAGUUCCAGAAAACGAUCGAGAGCUACGUGGAGAAGCGCAUGGGCAGCACGUUCGGGCCGGCGGGCGGCAAGAAGAUGGUCGUGUUCGUGGACGACGUGAACCUGCCGCAGAUCAACGAGUGGGGCGACCAGGUGACCAACGAGAUCGUGCGCCAGACCAUGGACAUGAAGGGCUUCUACAGCCUGGAGAAGCCCGGCGAGUUCACCACCAUCGUGGACAUGCAGUUCGUGGCCGCCAUGGGGCAACCGGGCGGCGGCCGCAACGACAUCCCGUCGCGCCUCAAGCGCCAGUUCAGCGUCUUCAACUGCCCGCUGCCCUCCAACGACUCCAUCGACAAGAUCUUCCGCGUGGUCGGCGAGGGCCACUACAACACCAAGCGCGGAUUCAGCGCGGACGUGCGCAACCUGGUGAAGAAGCUGAUCCCGCUGACGAGGCUGCUGUGGCACUCGACGCGCGCCAAGCUGCUGCCCACGCCCGCCAAGUUCCACUACGUGUUCUCGCUGCGCGACCUGUCGCGCAUCUGGCAGGGCAUGGUGGGCACACUGUCCACCGUCAUCGACUCGGAGAACGUGCUGCUCAUCCUGUGGAAGCACGAGGUGACGCGCGUCUUCUCGGACCGCUUCACGCUCACCGCCGACAAGGAGUGGUUCGACUCGGAGCUCAUGGCCAAGGUGGAGGAGGUGCUGGGCCCCAACUACGUGGAGCUGGCGCAGCCCAACCCCGUGUUCGUGGACUUCAUGCGCGACGCGCCCGAGCCGACGGGCGAGGAGGGCGAGGACGCGGACAUGGAGCUGCCCAAGGUGUACGAGCCGGUGGCCGACUUCCGCGAGCUGCACGAGCGCCUCGACAUGUUCCUGGCGCAGUUCAACGAGAUGGUGCGCGGCGCGGGCAUGGACCUGGUGUUCUUCCCGGACGCCAUGCUGCACCUGGUCAAGAUAUCGCGGGUCAUCCGGCACCCGCGCGGCAACGUGAUGCUGGUGGGCGUGGGCGGCUCCGGCAAGCAGUCCCUCACCAAGCUGGCCUCGUUCAUCGCGGGCUACAAGACGUUCCAGAUCACGCUCACGCGCUCCUACAACGUGGCCAACUUCCUGGAGGACCUGAAGCUGCUGUACCGGUCGUGCGGCGUGCAGGGCAAGGGCACCACCUUCAUCUUCACCGACCUGGACAUCAAGGAGGAGGGCUUCCUGGAGUACCUCAACAACAUCCUGUCGUCGGGCGUCAUCUCCAACCUGUUCACGCGCGACGAGCAGGCCGAGAUCAUCUCCGAGCUCACGCCCGCGCUCAAGCGCGAGAACCCCAAGCGCACGCUCACGCAGGAGAUCGUGAUGGACUUCUUCCUGGCGCGCACGCUGCAGAACCUGCACGUCGUCUUCUGCUUCUCCCCGGUCGGCGAGAAGUUCCGCAACCGCGCGCUGCGCUUCCCCGCUCUCGUGUCCGGCUGCACCAUCGACUGGUUCCAGCCGUGGCCGCGCGACGCGCUCGUGCAGGUGGCCAAGCACUUCCUGCACGACUUCGAGAUCGCCUGCACGGCGCAGGUCAAGAACGAGCUGGUGGAGACGCUGGGCUCCAUCCAGGACGUGGUGGCCGCCACCUCCAGCGAGUACUUCCAGAGGUUCCGGCGGGCGACUCACGUGACGCCGAAGUCGUACCUGAACUUCAUCGCGGGCUACAAGAACAUCUACCAGGGCAAGCAGAGGCAGCUGGCGGAGGGCGCGCGCCGCAUGGACACGGGUCUGGCCAAGCUGGAGGAGGCCAGCCUCUCGGUGGAGAGCCUCAAGCAGGACCUGGCGGAGAUGGAGCAGGAGCUGCAGCAGGCCUCGGAGAAGGCCGAGAGGGUCCUGAUCGAGGUGACGGAGCGCGCCAUGCAGGCCGAGACGGUCAAGAACCAGGUGAUGAAGGUGAAGGAGAAGGCCGAGGCGCUGGUGGCGUACAUCGCCAAGGAGAAGGCGACGGCGGAGCAGAAGCUGGAGGCGGCCAAGCCCGCCCUGGAGGAGGCCGAGAACGCCCUCAACACCAUCAAGCCGGCGCACAUCGCCACCGUGCGCAAGCUGGGCCGGCCGCCGCACCUCAUCAUGCGCAUCAUGGACUGCGUGCUCAUCCUGUUCCAGCGCAAGCUGCACGCCGUCAUCGGCGACGCGGCCGCCGCCUGCCCCAAGCCCUCGUGGGCCGAGUCGCUCAAGAUGAUGGCCUCCACCACCUUCCUGCUGCAGCUCCAGAACUAUCCCAAGGACAUCAUCAACAACGAGAUGGUGGAGCUGCUCCAGCCGUACUUCGAGAUGGACGACUACAACAUGGACACGGCGAAGCGCGUGUGCGGCGACGUGGCGGGGCUGCUGUCGUGGACCAAGGCCAUGGCCUUCUUCCACUCGGUCAACAAGGAGGUGCUGCCGCUCAAGGCCAACCUGACGCUGCAGGAGGCGCGCCUCAAGGUGGCCAUGGAGGACCUGGCGGGCGCCGAGAGCCAGCUGAGCGACCGCGAGCGCGCGCUGCAGGAGGUGAAGGACCAGUACGACGCGGCGGUGAGCGAGAAGCAGCGCCUCACGGACGCGGCCAACGUGUGCCUGCGCAAGAUGACGGCCGCCACGGCGCUCAUCAACGGCCUGGGCGGCGAGAAGGUGCGCUGGACGGCGCAGAGCAAGGAGUUCAAGGCGCAGCUGGGCCGCCUGGUCGGCGACGUGCUGCUGGCCACGGGCUUCCUGUCGUACUGCGGGCCCUACAACCAGCAGUACCGCGCCAACCUCGUCACCACCUGGAUGCGCAUCCUCAAGACGCGCGUCAUCCCCUUCACCAAGGACCUCAACAUCACCAACAUGCUGGUGGACAGCGCCGAGGUGUCCGAGUGGACGCUGCAGGGCCUGCCCAACGACGAGCUGUCGGUGCAGAACGCGCUCAUCGUCACCAAGUCCAGCUCGUACCCGCUGCUCGUGGACCCGCAGAACCAGGGCAAGAUGUGGAUCAAGAACAAGGAGACGUCCAACGAGCUGCAGAUCACGUCGCUCAACCACAAGUACUUCCGGACGCACCUGGAGGACAGCCUGUCGCUGGGCCGGCCGCUGCUCAUCGAGGACGUGGGCGAGGAGCUGGACCCCGUCAUCGACAACGUCCUGGAGAAGAACUUCAUCAAGUCGGGCUCCAUCGAGAAGGUGGUGGUGGGCGACAAGGAGUGCGACGUGAUGCCCGGCUUCAUGCUGUACAUCACCACCAAGCUGCCCAACCCGGCCUACUCACCCGAGAUCAGCGCCAAGACGUCCAUCAUCGACUUCACCGUGACGAUGCAGGGCCUGGAGGACCAGCUGCUGGGCCGCGUCAUCCUCAUGGAGAAGUCGGACCUGGAGGCGGAGCGCGUGGCGCUCUUCGAGUCGGUGAUGCAGAACCAGCGCAGCAUGAAGGAGCUGGAGACGAACCUGCUGUGCCGCCUCACGUCGUCGGAGGGCUCCCUCGUGGACGACGAGGCGCUCAUCCAGGUGCUGCAGGAGACCAAGCUCACCGCCGAGGAGGUGAACGCCAAGCUCAAGGUGUCCGGCCAGACGGAGCGCAAGAUCACGGUGGCGCGCGAAGAGUUCCGCGCCGUGGCGGCGCGCGGCUCCAUCCUCUACUUCCUCAUCGUGGAGAUGUCCGACGUGAACGCCAUGUACCAGAACUCCCUCAAGCAGUUCCUCAUCAUCUUCGACAACUCCAUCACCAAGUCCACCAAGAGCUCGGUGACGGAGGAGCGCAUCGAGAUUAUCCUGCGCUACCUCACGCACGAGGUGUGGGCCUUCACGCUGCGCAGCCUGUACGAGCGCCACAAGGUGCUGUUCACGCUCAUGCUGGCCAUGAAGAUCGACUGCCACCGCGGCAUCAUCAGCCACGGCGAGUUCAUGGUGUUCAUCAAGGGCGGCGCCUCGCUCGACCUCAACGCCGUGCAGCCCAAGCCCUUCCGCUGGAUCCUGGACAUCACGUGGCUCAACCUGGUGGAGAUCAACAAGCUGGCCGUGUUCGGGGACGUGCUGUCGCGCAUCGAGGGCAACGAGCGCGAGUGGCGGUCGUGGUACGAGAAGGAGAAGCCCGAGGAGGAGGAGAUCCCCUGCGGCUACCAGAAGAGCCUCGACGUAUUUCGCAAGCUGCUGCUCAUCCGGUCCUGGAGCCCCGACCGCACACUGUCGCAGGCGCGGCGCUACAUCAGCGAGUCGCUGGGCCCCGAGUACGGCGAGGGCCGCAUCCUGGACCUGGAGGCGACGUGGAGCGAGUCGGAGCCGCGCACGCCGCUCGUGUGCAUCCUGUCCAUCGGCUCGGACCCCUCGCCGCAGAUCACGGCGCUGGCCAAGGCCAAGGAGAUCCCGCUGCGCUCCGUGUCCAUGGGCCAGGGCCAGGAGCUGCACGCGCGCAGGCUCAUCUCCGACAGCAUGCAGGGCGGCGGCUGGGUGCUGCUGCAGAACAUCCACCUGUCGCUGCCCUUCUGCAGCGAGGCCAUGGACGCCCUGGUGGAGACGGACGCCGUGCACGAGUCGUUUCGCCUCUGGAUGACCACCGAGGUGCACCCGCAGUUCCCCAUCGGCCUGCUGCAGAUGGCCAUCAAGUUCACCAACGAGCCGCCGCAGGGCAUCCGGGCCAGUCUCAAGCGCACCUACCAGAACAUCACGCAGGACACUCUGGACUACUCGACGCAGAACCAGUGGCCGCCGCUGCUGUACGCGGUCGCCUUCCUGCACACCGUGGUGCAGGAGAGGCGGAAGUUCGGGCCGCUGGGCUGGAACGUCCCCUACGAGUUCAACCAGGCCGACUUCGCCGCCAGUGUCCAGUUCAUCCAGAACCACCUCGACGACAUGGACCCCAAGAAGGGCAUCUCGUGGCCCACGGUGUGCUACAUGCUGGGCGAGGUGCAGUACGGCGGCCGCGUGACGGACGACUUCGACAAGCGGCUGCUGACGACGUUCACGCAGGUGUGGUUCUGCGACGUGCUGCUGCGGCCCGGCUUCGAGUUCUACCGCGGCUACCGCGUGCCCAUCACGCGCAACCUGCAGGGCUACGUGGACUACAUCGUCAGCCUGCCGCUCACCGACACGCCGGAGGUGUUCGGCCUGCACUCCAACGCCGACAUCACGUACCAGAUCAACACGGCCAAGGGCAUCCUGGACACCAUCUUGAACGUGCAGCCCAAGGAGGGCGGCGGCGGCGGCGGCGAGACCCGCGAGAGCAUCGUGUACCGCCUGGCCGAGGACAUGCUGGAGAAGCUGCCGCAGCAGUACAACAGCUUCGAGGUCAAGGAGGCCCUGCAGCGGAUGGGCGCGCUGCUGCCCAUGAACAUCUUCCUGCGGCAGGAGAUCGACCGCAUCCAGCGCGUCAUCGCCGAGGUGUCGUCCACGCUCAACGACCUCAAGCUGGCCAUCGAGGGCACCAUCGUCAUGAGCCAGGGGCUGCGCGCCGCGCUCGACGCCAUGUACGACGCGCGCAUCCCGGACCGCUGGCAACGGGUGUCGUGGGAGUCGGCCACGCUGGGGUUCUGGUACACGGAGCUGCUGGAGCGCGACGCGCAGUUCCGGCGCUGGGUGUCGCACGGCCGGCCCAUCACCUUCUGGAUGACGGGCUUCUUCAACCCGCAGGGCUUCCUCACGGCCAUGCGGCAGGAGGUGACGCGCGCGCACAAGGGCUGGGCGCUGGACUCGGUGGUGCUGCAGAACCUCAUCACGCGCCACAACAAGGAGGACCUGCACGACUCGCCGCCCGAGGGCGUCUACGUGCACGGCCUGUUCCUGGAGGGCGCCAGCUUGGACCGCCGCAGCGGCAAGCUCAUCGAGAGCAAGGCCAAGGUGCUGUACGAGCAGAUGCCCGUCAUCUACAUCUACGCCAUCAACACGACGGCCGGCAAGGACCCCAAGCUGUACGAGUGCCCCAUCUACCGCAAGCCGCAGCGCACGGACCAGAAGUACGUCGGCUCCAUCGACUUCGAGACGGACAACAACCCGCGCCACUGGACGCUUCGGGGCGUGGCGCUCCUGUGCGACAUCAAGUAGGGCGUGCGCGCGCCGUCGGCAAGGUGCACGC